UUAUUUAUAGCUCACUGUAGCUGUUUCAGGGUAUAGACGUUUAAGCAUCGUCCAUCUAUCAACAUCGAAUUUUCAGACUUUUAUCAAAAUGAUGAAAAUCACAUUAUUCGCUUUUGCUGCUUUGGCGUUAGUAUUGGCCCAGGAAGAACCGACUAAAGCCCCGGUCGAAAUCGUGAAACAGGACUCGGAAGUUGACGUCAAUGGAUACAAUUUUGAAUUUGAAACAAGCGACGGUACAUCCAGACAAGAGCAGGGUGAUUACAAGAACGACACAGAACAACAAGGUCUCUCCGUUAAGGGAAGUUACAGAUACAUAGCCCCUGACGGCCAGCACAUUCAGGUCACCUACGUUGCCGAUAAAAACGGUUACCAACCCACCGAGGAGAAGACAACCGAAUCCUCCCAAUCGUGAAUUAAACUAUUUUAAGCCACUAUUGCUAAAACCAAAUAUAUAUAAGAAUAUAAGCUAUAUUAACAUUUAAUAGAAAUAUGACCAUAUAUGAAAUGUAUUCGUACAAAGACUUCUACAAU